CCAACAUGGCGGCGCCCAGGGCGCUUCUUCGAGCUUGCUGCUUUGCCUCAUGGAGAGGAGGGCCCUUCAGGACCUUGAGCAGCCAGAGUAGCUUGGGCAGAGGCCCUAACCCUAAAUAUGACCUGAGUCAGCGUGGCCCUGACUCCAGGCAGGGACUGUUGGCCAGCAUGGCUUCCCGAUUCUAUGAUGUGGAGCAACUUCGAGAAUGGAUUUUCAGUUUCUGGAGCUGGAACCUAUAUAGGAAAAACAUGACCUUCAGUAACACAUCGAAACACUUUGGCCCCAAUGUAGCAGCCGCCCACUUUGUCCUGACCCAAGGGGGAGCUGUCAGGUUCCAAGGGCAGGAGUGGAUCCACUCCUGUGACAUUCACCAAUUCCUUCAGAACUGUUCUCAGCUCAAGACGCUGCUCCUGGAGGAGGUGGAUGCCAGCGGCUGUGCCAUCAACUACUAUGGACUGGAAAACCUGGUGUUCCUGCCAGCGCUGAGGUCUCUGAGGCUGUGUGGCUGCCCCCACGUGGAUGACUGGUGCCUGAGCCGCCUGUACUCUCUAGGCAGCUGCCUGCGGGAGCUCUCGCUGGCUGGCUGUCCCCUUGUCACCGAGAGAGGCCUGGCCUGUCUCCACCACCUGGGGAACCUGCAGCGUCUGGACAUCUCCAACCUCCCAGCCGUGUCCAAUAAGGGCUUAACCCGGAUUCUGGUGGAAGAGAUGCUGCCGGCCUGUGAGGUGGUCGGGUCGGACUAUGCCGAAGGGCUGGAGCUCCCCUCCGAGGAAGAGAGGAAGGCCCAGGAGAAAGCAGCAGGGUGGCCGGCCCCCUCUGGUCUGACGCCUGCUUAGACGCGCUGGGCGCCCAGCACCCAAGGGACAGAGCCAGCCCCAGGCUUCUGCCUCUGGGGUUACCAAGGAUUGGGGGGACAUGGCCUUCCCCUGCACCCCUGAAUUAAUUGGGGGGCCAGAGGGGUUCCCUACCAUCUCUGCCCAUGCAAUUGUCCCCGGAGUUUCUGCCUCCCCGGCCUCCACUCAGUCCAAAGUGGGGAGAGGGGGGCUGGGAACUGGAGGAAGAGCAGGGGGCCUGGAAAGUAGGGGGCCAGACACCCGGGAGAUGCUGCUGGCCCAUCCCUCCCUCCCCUCCCAGAGGCCUCCUUUGGGGUCUGAGGGAAAACCAGCCCCUCCCCCCCUCCCCCGGGGCUUCAUUAGGCCGGGGCUCUGCACGGCCCCUCCCCCUCCCUUCUGGCACCUGUCUGCAGGCUCCCCAGGGGGGAGGGGCGCGGACCUCCCUGGGACAAGAACUAGAACAAGAACAGUAACAAUAACAAUGGGAAUAAUAGCGAGCUCCAAAUCCUGGCGGGAGGCGCGGAGGGUCUCGAGGUUCCAUUUCAUUUCACCGAUUUGCAGACUGAAGCCCCGAGGUUAAGCCUGAUAGGCCUGGCUAGGCCGGCUCCCGGACCUCCCCUUCCCCGGGCACCCACCUGCAGGGUAGCACUGGCCUUCCCAGCCGAGGCGGGACCGGGACGCGGGACUCGGGACUCCUGGGUUCUGAAUAUGUUAAAUAAAAGGGAAAUGAACCAA